AUUUUAGAUUCCAUUCGCACUUAAGCGGCCAAGUUCCUACCUUUAAAGAGUAGGGGAAGCUACUGUUGGGAUUAGGCCCAACGCCCUCCUAGGGCCACACGCAACAAGCCCAACUACGCACCCACAGGCCCAAGAGGAGGAGACAUACCCAUGUGGGCAGCACCACGUGGGCCAAUGAGAGGCUUACAUGUGCAGAUACAUGUCAGCACUUGGGGUUAUAAAUACUCCCCAACCACCUCCGAAGAAGGUGUAGAAGUAGCUGAGGACUUCAACAGUGUUGGACUGCGAAGCUGCCGAAACAUUGGCGCCGUCUGUGGGAACUCGAACAAGAAGUUGUGGGGAGCCGAACAGGAUCACCUAAGUGAAACAGAUGAUGAUGAAAGAACACCAACGGGGUAUGCAACCCAACUUGAACAGUUCCAAGUUCCAACAGGAACAAGACAAAGACCUUCUAGACCACGCAAUUCACAGCAUGAACGACCUGAAAGGUCAACAGAACCUGCUCGGACAGCCGAGCUCGAAGAGAGAACCAGAGUUCUCGAAAUGGCAAUGGGUAAAAUCCUUGCCCGUCUGAUUCCUGAUGACCCCCUGAUUCCUUUGCUGAACAGGGAUGCACAACCAGCUGCGGUUGUUGCAACGCGAAACUCCCCCGCUCUAAGCAACAUAGUGGUGCCAACCCGGCCAAGGGGAAGUGGAAAAAUAAAUAACGAACCCAGCUCGUCCAAGCAUAGUGAAGAAUUGAUGAGAAAGAACGCAGACCUUGAAAGGCAGCUGCGGGACGUACAGAAAUCCAUUGACGAGCUGAAAAGUCCCAGGUCCCACCAACAGACUUUGGAUUUGGAUAGUGCUCCGCUGAACUUAUCCAUCACAGCAGAACCGUAUCAAGAGGGAUUCAAAAUUCCCCACCUGGAGACAUAUGAUGGCUCGGGCGAUCCGGAUGAACAUCUACACACUUAUCAGGCCAUCAUGAGGAUCCAAAAUGCAAAUGAUGCCAUGAUGUGCAAAAGAGAGAUCAAACGCACGGCAACCGAGCUAAUGCAAGUUAAUCAAAAGGAAGGGGAAUCUCUGAGAGAUUACAUGCAGCGAUUCAACAAAGCCACUCUGGACAUUGACAACGUCCCAAAUACCAUCUGUCUAUCGGCAUUGUUGCAUGGGUUGAAGCGCGGUCGGUUUCUAGACGACCUACUAGAGAACCCACCCAGGACUUGGAAUGAAGUGAAUGACAGGUCGGCUAGCUUCAUAUUAUCAGAAGACUUCCAGUCGUCCAAGCGACGAGCUGACGAUAAGCAAAGCAAAAGCCAGGAGCAGCCACCGAGAAGGGAAGAAAAGAAGAAACAGAAAGUCGGCGAGCAGUGGGGGAAGCCCGCUGACUUCCCAAAGUAUGCCAACUACAUUCCUUUAACCCUGCCAAGGUCUCAAAUCCUUGCACAAAUCCAACACUGGGUUAGGAGACCCCUGCCUCCGUUGCACGAUUCCCCAAGAGCAGAUAAGAGCAAACAUUGUGACUACCAUCGUGUGUAUGGCCACAAUACUAAAGACUGCCAACACUUGAAGGACGAGCUGGAGUUUCUGGCUCGCAAUGGAAAGCUAGAAGGAUAUGUUCAGAAGCCCCACGCCCAGCAACCCAGUCAAACUCAUUUUGUACAGGGUUAUAACCGACCUCAAGGGCAGAGAUACCAGCUCGGCGGGGCGCAAAAUGUAUAUCAGGAUAGCCAAUAUCCUUCUAAUCAGGGGAGAGCAUACAGAGGGCAUCCGUUCAACAGGAGGGGAUAGGGGCAAAGAGCUGCUGCCUAGAACCAAAAAGAUAAGAAAGGGGUAGGCUAUGCUGAGAUAUCCCCACCCUCAGGUACAAUAAACAUGAUAUCAGGAG